AUGUACAAUAAUCUUGAAUCCUUUUUAGUUUAUUUCGAUCUAACUAAUGAUAUUAAUCAAUGCUUUGUUUAUUCAUCGAGGUUUAACAUUCCAUCUCUUUGCAAAUGUUUUCUUUCAAAUGGUGCAAACAUCAAUAAAAAGGAUAUAUUUGGAUAUACUGCUCUUCAUACUGCAGCACAAAAUAAUUGUAAUGAAACAGCCGAACUUCUUAUUUCACAUGGUGCAAAUAUCAACGAAAAAGAUAAAAAUGGAAAUACUGCUCUUCAUAUUGCAGCAUUUUAUAAUAGUAAAGAAAUAACCAAACUUUUUUCAUAUGGUGUAAAUAACAAUGAAAAAAAAAUAUAUGGAAUAAGGGCUUUUCAACUAUAA